AUAGGAAAUAAAAAUUGAGAGUGGGCCAGUGGAGUCCCUAAUUGAAUUAAUUUGUGUGUGCGCGGUAUUUGAUUUGAAUGAGGGAAACUGCAAAACCCUAAACCCUGUUUCUUUGUGUCUGGAUGAGUUCAGACUCAUCGAUAGAUAGAGAUUAUGAAGAAGAAGCUUCUCAUCGCCCUCUCCUUCCGCUCCAAUCAUUACUUCACUCCCAAUCCCAAACACUUAUGCUGUGAGGUGUGCAGUUCUGUUGAUCCAUUGAAUGCUCAGCAGCGUGGAUGGUCAUAUGCGGCUUCUGUCCCUUCUGAGGCACCAGAUGCCCCGAAAGCCCGAAAGAGGGUUCCAAGACAUGAAAGGAGAGCUAUGGUGGAGUCUUUUGUGAACAAGUAUAGAGCAGAGAAUGCCGGGAAAUUCCCAAAAGCAUGGGACACCCAGAAACAAGUUGGUGGCAGUUUUUAUGUUAUCCGGGAAAUCAUUCAGGAACUAGAAUAUAAGUCAAAAGUAAAUUCUUCAAACAGCAUAUAUGAGAUUUUGGUGGAAAAGCAAUUUGAUGAGAGUAAACUUCUGACCACUAAAUCUGUGAAUGUUUCAUCUAGAAAUAUUGAGCUUGCAAAAGACAGGCCUAUUCUAGAUGAUUCUCAAUUGGUAGUUUUAGAUGACAUUGACAAAGAGACUGUUAACACUGCUUCUGAGCAUCCUGAAGGAAAGAGAGGGCCACAGACUUCCUAUUGGGAGAGGAGGUUGUCUGAAGAAGUUGAAAUGUCUACACCAAGUAAUCAUUGUGUUGCAUCUGAAAGUAAUAUUGUGGAAAAGUGUUCUGAGGAGUCUUACCCAUCACGUAUUCAUAUGCUGAAUGAUGUUGUUAAGAAUGAGGAAGCUAUCUGUAGUUAUUCUGAUUCUGUUGCACCAGAAAGUAGGCUGCCACAAGAGGAAAGAGAACAAUUUUCUCCUUCAUUUAAUGAAAAUUAUGGUACUGGUUAUGGCAAGGUUCAGGGCCCUCAAUAUGACUUUGUUGAUAUGGAAGAUCAUAAAAAAAUGGAGGAAAAUUGCAUUAAGAAAGCUGGUUUUGAGAGAAGGGAGCAACCUGCUUUGGAAGGCCUGUCUAAAGAGCUUUCUCAUUCAAAUCUCCAGGUGCCAAAUGAUGAGAAGAGCGAGGAAGCAGUAUCUAGUUCUUGUUCUGUUACACAAGAAAGACACCUGCUAAACGAAGAAAUAGAACAAUUUUCUGGUCCAUCUAUUGAAAAAUCUGAAAGUAGUUGCAGUGAAGGUCAGAGCCAUGAUUCUAAGUUUAUUGAUAUGGAAAACCAUCCAGCAAUUGAGAAAAAGAGCUUUGGGAAAGAAGGAUAUGAGAGAAAAGAGCAAGAGACCUUAGAAAACCUUCCUGCUGCAGAUGGUCCAAAGCAUGAAAUCAAGAAAUCUCAAAGGUCUUCAGAAUUGGAUGAGUCCGAAAUUGACAGCUCUAAUAAUAGGGAGACCAGUGUUGCAGUGGAUUCAGAGAAUUCAACUUUGUGGGGAAAUCUUAAGUCAUUUGCCAAUGGCAUCAUAAAUAUCUGGAGAAAAUUUUGAUGCUGUAUGAAUGUGUAUGGUGCAACUUGCAAGAAAUUCAAUAUUAUUAUUGUAUAACACAGAUGGUAUGUAUAGGGUUCUCGAAAUUCCUUGGCUGUUUUUGGCAUGCAUUACCUGGCAUAUUCUUGCAAAUUCUAUUCUCUUUUCUAGCUAUCCUGUGACAUUUCCAGAGGUUUUACAGCCAAGUUUCAUCUAUGAUCCAGUUGGCUACUCAUUUUAAAUGUAAGACAUUUGCGUGAGUUUCUAGUUUCUCUAUUCCAUUGGUCCCAUCUAGGGGGAAAUCUGUACUCUGAUUCCCGAUCCAAUAAGUUAGCUUCCCAUUGUAAAUGAUUUUCACUAUACAACAGCAACAACCAAGCCUUAUCCCACUAGUGAAGAUGAUUUUCACUAUAUUGUGAGCAAAAGGAAAGAAAAUGCAUGAUAUUGCAAUUUACUCCCCUUCUCAAGUGUUUAUGGAGUUUAUGCUUAUUUAUAAAUUUCAGCAGCAGAGAAUGGAAGGGUGAAUGGCUGCAAGAAAGUCAAGGUCAGUUUUCACAUCUAUUUAUGAUGGGGAGAUUUUUGCAUUUUGGACAGCAUUCGAAGAAUAACCAACUUGAGAAUAAAUUGAGUUUCAAGUACUGCAUCUUUUUUCCCAUAGACAUAAAACUCAGAAAUUGACAGGGGUUUGAAUUUUAUUUUUAACUUCUAGCAUAAAAUAUACUGAAAAAUCCAUUUUGUUUGCUAUAUUUUCGUC